AUGCCUCUCGUCGUUCCAGGAGUUACCGCCGACAAUAUGGGCGACGACAGGAUUCAGGAGUGGAUGAACAAGCUUGCGGGAAAGAAAAUCUCUGAAGGACCAACCUCUGAGACGACUUUCUGUAAGACCGACCUCCCUGAAGAAAGCCGGGUUAUUGAACCAGGUGCGGUGGUGACCAGGGACUUCAAGCCAGACAGACUCAACGUGCAUGUCAAGGAGGAUGGGACCGUCUCUCACGUUUCUCACGGUUAA